AUGAAUAAUAUUACUGAAUACAAUUUAAAAAAGCAAGUUGAUGAAGUGAUAUCAAUUAUGUCACAUCAUUUUAUUCAAUGGUUAGCUGAUUUAGUUCUACAACGUGUCAUUUCAGAACCGAAUCUACACGAUUUAUACGCUGAAUUUGUAACACUUAUCUCAGUGCAUUAUACAAAUUUUGGUAAAUUUAUGUUAGAAAUUUUAACUAAAGAAAUUGAUCAUAUUUUAAAAAUACCAAAUCUUAAUUCUUGUAAUAGUAAAACUUUAAAAUAUUUAGGUGCAUUUCUUGGCCGUUUAACAAUUGCACGUGAUAUUCCUUUAUGUGUGGAUAUCAAAUCAUUAAUUCGUACAACAUUUAUAAAUAAACCAAAUUCAUUAGAUUGUAUUAUACCAUUUAUUUCAGAGAUAUUAAAAAAUACAAAAUAUAGUUAUCAAAUAAAACCAUCCAAUCCAUGGGUUAGAGAAAUAUUACAGGUAAUCAAAGAACUACAUCAUAUCACAGAUAAAUUAACGAUACAAUUUGAAGUUGAACUACUUUUUAGCUUCCUUGAAUGCGAUAUCAAUGAAGUGAAUUCAGCUUACUAUCUUCGUCAACAAUAA